AUGGCGCCCGUAUCAACAGAAACGCUGACGCAGCCGUCGGCGGGCCCGUCGUCCAACAAGCGCAAGAUGGACCAACACCACACCUCGGCCUUUACAGACACGCUCAAAAAGCUCAAGGAGGAAGCCGACUCGAACCAAGAGGUGGACGACCAGGCGCUUUGGCCGCGUCCCUACCUCGAGCCCCUCGACAUUGACAAUGAUGCUGUCACCUUCCAACAGAUCGAUAUCGAGGAGCAUCAAGCAGUCGGUCAGCCACCCGCCAUUCGCAUGUACGGCGUCACGCAUGAAGGUCACUCGGUAUGCGCUCACAUUCACGGUUUUCUGCCCUACUUCUACAUCCAUGCUCCACGCGGAUUCACCGCCAACACUUGCAAUGACUUUACCAACCAUCUCAACGUCCUCUUUGGUGGGCGCACCGUCCACAAGUCCGAGAUCGUCAGCAAAAAGAGUCUCAUGGGCUACGCUGGACAGGAGAACGUCGCUUUCAUCAAGCUCACCAUCUCGGAUCUGCGCAGCGUUCCCAGGAUCCGCGGAUCCUUCGAGCGCGGCGAGAUCGGCUUCCGUGACCUUUUCACUCCAGGCGAGGCGAGCCUCACCUACGAGAACAUCGCAUACACAUUACGCUUCAUGAUCGAUCUCAAGAUUGUCGGCAUGAACUGGAUUCGCGUCCAAGCCGCCAACUACAGGCUGCGACCGGAAAGCCAGAGAGUGUCGCUCUGCCAGAUCGAACUCGACUGCAGCUGCGACGCCAUCCACUCGCAUGCUCCCGACGACGAUUGGUCCAAGAUCGCUCCUCUCCGCAUCCUCAGCUUCGAUAUCGAGUGUGCAGGCCGCAAGGGCGUCUUCCCAGAGCCCUCGGUCGAUCCCGUCAUCCAAAUCGCCAACAUGGUCACACGGCAAGGCGAAUCGACGCCCUUUGUCAAGAACGUCUUCACGCUCAACACCUGCUCUCACAUCGUCGGAAGUCAAGUCCUUUCGUUCAACAAGGAGAUCGACAUGCUCGAGGCCUGGACCAAAUUCGUUCAAGAGGUCGACCCGGAUGUCGUCAUCGGCUACAACAUUGCCAACUUUGAUUUCCCCUACUUGCUCGAUCGAGCCAAAGCGCUCAAGUCGACCAAGUUUGCCUACCUCGGCCGUGAACGAGGCGUCCGUACCGAAGCAAAAGAUACCCAUUUUUCCUCCAAAGCAUACGGUACUCGAGACUCGAAAAAUACCGAGCUCCAAGGUCGCCUCCAGCUCGACAUGCUUCAGGUCAUGCAGCGUGACUACAAGCUUCGAUCCUAUUCGCUCAAUUCGGUUUCCUUCGAGUUUCUAGGCGAACAAAAGGAGGAUGUGCAUCACUCGCUCAUCACCGAGCUCCAGAAUGCUGGCCCAGAAUCGCGUCGACGACUCGCCGUCUACUGUCUCAAGGACGCUUACUUGCCGCAGCGACUCAUGGACAAGCUCAUGUGCUUCAUCAACUACAUCGAGAUGGCCAGAGUCACUGGCGUUCCCUUCAACUACCUGCUUUCCCGUGGUCAGCAGAUCAAGGUCGUGUCUCAACUCUUCCGCAAAGCCAACGAGGACAACUACCUCGUUCCCGCCUACAAGGGCGAGGGCAACGAAGAUCAGUACGAAGGUGCUACCGUUCUCGAGCCCAAGGCAGGCUACUACGACCGACCUAUCGCCACACUCGAUUUCGCUUCGCUGUAUCCGUCGGUCAUGAUGGCCCACAAUCUUUGCUACACCACGUUGCUCGACAAGAAGACCAUCGACCGACUCGAACUCAAGCAGGAUGACGACUACGUCAUCACCCCGAACAACAACUGCUUUGCCACCAAAAAGCUGCGCAAGGGCCUCUUGCCUACCGUCCUCGAGAAUCUGCUCGCCGCACGUAAGCGUGCCAAAGCCGACCUGAAGAAGGAGACAGAUCCCUUCAAACGUGCCGUGCUCGACGGUCGUCAGCUUGCUCUAAAGAUCAGCGCAAACUCGGUGUACGGAUUCACCGGUGCAACGAUCGGCAAGCUGCCUUGUCUCGAAAUCUCGAUGAGCACAACAGCCUAUGGUCGACAGAUGAUCGAACAGACCAAGUCGUACGUCGAGAAGCACUACACCAUCGCCAAUGGCUACGAACACGAUGCAGAGAUUGUAUACGGUGACACGGAUUCCGUCAUGAUCAAGUUUGGCGUUCCUGAUCUGCAGAAGGCGAUGGAGUUGGGUGCCGAAGCGGCAGGCCUCGUAUCCAAAACUUUCGUCGACCCCAUCAAGCUCGAGUUCGAGAAGGUCUACUUCCCUUACCUCUUGAUCAGCAAGAAGCGUUACGCAGGUCUCUACUGGACACGACCGGAAAAGUACGACAAGAUGGACACAAAGGGUAUCGAGACGGUACGACGUGACAACUGCCGCCUCGUCCAGACGGUCAUCGACACCUGCCUCCGAAAGAUGCUCAUCGACCGCGACGUCAAGGGAGCGGAAGAGUAUGCCAAGAACAUCAUCUCGGACCUGCUGCAGAACAAGGUCGACAUGUCGCAGCUCGUCAUCACCAAGGCGCUGGCAAAGGCGGACUACGCAGCCAAGCAGGCGCACGUCGAGCUGGCGGAACGCAUGCGAAAGCGUGAUGCCGGUUCCGCACCGGCGUUGGGCGAUCGUGUCGCCUACGUCAUCGUCAAAGCCGCUAAAGGUGCUGCUGCCUACGAGCGGUCCGAGGAUCCGAUCUACGUGCUGGACCACAACAUCCCCAUCGAUACGCGCUACUACCUCGAGAACCAGCUGGCCAAGCCGCUCCUGCGUAUCUUUGAACCCAUCAUGGGUCCCAAAGCGAGCACCAUGCUCAACGGCGAACACACGCGUGUGGUCCAAGUGGCGACGUCCAACGUCGGUGCUCUGAUGAAGUUUGCCGUCAAGACGGUCCAGUGCCUGGGCUGUCGAACACCGUUGAAGGAUCAGAACAUGCCCGUGUGCAAGAAUUGCCGGCCGAAAGUGGCUCAGCUGUACCACGAGAAGCUGGCGCGUGCAUCGGCGCUCGAGGUCGAGUUUGCUAGGCUGUGGACGUGCUGUCAGAGGUGUCAGGGUAGUUUGGCGCAGGAUGUGCUGUGUACGAACAAGGAUUGUCCCAUCUUCUUCAAGAGGAAGAGGGCGCAGAAGGAUGUUGAGGAUGCGGUGCAGGUUGUUCAGCGGUUCGACACCGCGUGGUGA